AUGAUCACCCUUCAAGAUGUCGAUGCCGUGAUCACUCCUUACAAAUCUCAGCCGAUGUUAUCUCCUGGUGAUGCCAGCAACCUCAGUUAUAAGCUGAUCGAGCUUCUGAUGGAGGGAUCCUGCGAGCGGGAAGUCCUGCGUGCUCUAUCGAGUCUUUUUUCCACCGAUACUUAUGAGCAAUUGGUGCAGGAGCGCGUGAUAAAUCACCAUUGUGGCUAUCCUCUCUGUGGAGUUGUCGAUCCACAGAAAAUCUACCAUAAAGUGCAGAAGAACCCGUUGGUCGCUAAGUUGAAGCUGCCUGGUGCAUAUAAGACCAGCUACUGCACCCAGCAACAUUACCAGGGCUCGGAGUUCUACAAAAAACAACUUUCGCCGGAAGCGAUAUGGGCCAGGACAGAUGUGGUGAACUUGGACGUGAAUCCAAAAGACCAAUAUUACACUUUCCUGCUGGAAGACGUCUUGGAUAACAGCGAUCGUGUUCCUAGAAACUCGAUGGAUACGCUACAGCAAUCGCUUGAUGAACUGCGUUUGAGUGUAACUCAGCAAUCAGGGGUUGAUCAUAAUGAUAUCAAGAUUAAAGAACAUGAUGCUUCUGAGUUAUAA